UUUGUACAGUGCACCCUUAAAACAAAGAGCACAGAGGUCGUCUACAUUUCUUUGGGGUUAAAAUUUCCACUGAAGCAGUUUCCCGUCUCAUUUGUUGGGUUGCUUUGUAGUGAAUUGAAGCGUUUUGUUUUUCCUCUGUCCAGUCUGGUGAAAAUUUCGUAAUUAUAAUGCUGGAUAAAUAUUUAAGCCUUUGGAAAAUGGGCGAAACAGGCUGAGUUGUGCGAGAGGAGACAAUAAAAGUGGCCCUUUACUUAUAAAUAUUCCGCGACGUGUCUCAAAAACAAACAAAGAUAUGCGGAAACAGUGUGUUAACAAAAAGAGUGAAAAAUAGAGAGAGUGUCGCGAUAAGCGGUUGAGCGAGACAGAGAAAAUUGUUGAUUAAAAUGUGUGUCAAAAUAAAACAAAAAGCCACUUGAACAUCAGUUGCUUCUAAUUCAAAUCAUGGGAAACGGCACGUGUGCUUCAGUUCUUGGAUUUUUAAAAUAUUUACCCGUAUGCAUUUCUAUAAUUCCUUUAUUUUUGGAUAUAUGCUCACCUGAGCCACUUUUAUAGGCGACAAAUAGCAAUCCAAGCAAACGACUAGAAAACGAUCUCGACAACUACAUGUGAAAUUCACAAAUCAAAUCGCAAUUGUCACAUCCCAAAGAUAUAGAACAACUAUAGGGGAGAUACAGAAUAAACCCGCAAAAUGCACGGUGUGAAAAGGGUGCUGGUUUUCUGCCUGAUGAUUGUGAUACUGCCGGCCAUCCUUAUCAUUAUGCCGCUGCACUUGCGAAAGACAGUGUUUGCCGAUGUCAUCUAUCCCAUGGCUGAGUCCGAUAUCAUUGAGAUCCGGGCAGGAAUCUCGUCGAUCUUUUGCUCGAAACACACACUGCGUAUGAGCUCCAACUUCAAUGCGUUUCAACUACGUAAUAAGCCCGAGAUUGCGACGAAUCGAAAACACAUUAGGCUGAAGAAGUCUAUGACUUUGCCGGAUGAUACCCUGGAAUACUGGGGCUUCUUCUUGCUGAAAGGCGCCAAGGUGCGAGUGAAAUUCUGCUCCCGCUACGAUGGAUCCCGCAUCUUGAUCAUCCAUGGUCACAGGGAGCUUAAUCUUUGCGGUCUGACCGAUCACAAUAAGAACAAGUUGGGCGCCAAUUAUGCCAAAGGCCACGAACAGGUGCAGGUGUUCUUCGAAGACAACGUGGAGAUCACGGAAGAGAAGGGCAACCAGGACGUCCUAAUGGAGCACGAAAAUCACGGUGGAGAGGAUUUGACUGAGGAUGUUUCACAGCCGCAGUUGAACAUGCCUGUGAAGCAAAACAAUUCUAUACAGCCUAAGUUAAUCAGGAAAAAACUGAAAAAGGGCACAAUUCAUCAUGGCGAACAUGAUCCGUAUGCUAUAACCGAUUUGCAGGGAUCACACCAUACAGAACACAUAUUGAAUCACCAUCAAAGCUCUAAUUCUCCAGCCCAUCAGCGAGAUCAGAGUUCGAAUAUCACAAACAAAGAAGCUAGUCGCAAUCACAUACCAUAUGAAGAUUUUGCAGAUCAAAAUUCGAGUAAGACCCAUCAUAGUGGGGAAAGUCCGCCUCAUCGGGAGCGUCUCAAAAGACACAAUAGAGGAAGCCAUAGGAAUCAGAAGAGACAGGAUCUUUACGAUACGCUUUAUAAAAGAUCGAAGAGGGAGAAUGUCUACGAUAGAAAGACCAUCCACGGAGGAAAUGCCAUAAACUUCACGGAAACCGACGAGUCCAAUUCGGUGUCCAGCUUUGAGACGGGAUUAUUUCAGUGUUUCAAUGGAAUGAUCCUGCUGCAGGAGUUCUUUAGGCCAAAAAAUGAGUGCUCAAAUCCGCACAUAAUGGACACUUCGCCCAACAAGAGUUCGAUGGUGGUGCACAACGUCAUCGAGGAUGGGUACUACUAUUAUAUAUUCUACAGCGACAACGAUCAUGUGCAAAACGAGAUCCACGCCAUAUUCGAUAUUUACAAGCCGACGUACCAGUACUCGAACAUGAGCGAAUCGCAAAGCUGUCUGAAUACCACGAAUUGCACAUUCAACAUCAGUUUCCUUUCGGACGAGAUCGUAGUGGUGGAGGUUCCCACUCGGGAUGGCAUUGAGCACGAGGAGGACGAUAUAACCAACCUGGUCUCUACCUGUCAUCCGCGCAGCGAGAUAUACGCCAUCUUUCCCAUUACGGUGCUGGUCCUGAUCCUUUGCUGCUCCUUCCUGUAGUCCUCUUGAUCCAAUAUUAUUAUUAUACUAUUGUGAUAUUUAUGGUGAGGUAACUGGGUGAUAUACUCGCUUGUGAGUGUGUUAACGUUAUGGCCGGCCCCAAAACGCGAGCUUUUAAAGUAGCCAUAUAAUAUUCCAUAUCGGUUAUACACACGGAAUGAACAGUCUGAACAAUUAAGGUCUACAAAUUAAAAUAGGAAUGUAAGGAAAAAUAUAUAAAUUGUAUAUUGUGUACAAAUAAUGGUAGAUACAAAGUAAUUUUAAGAAAGAACUGUAGUACUUAUCAACUAAAUGAUUAACUCUCAUUUUACAAAGGACUUUCAUGUUUUCGUUUACCUUAAAAUCGUUACGUUGAACACAUUUUUAAGACAAUUCUUAUGUACUCAAUUGAAAACAAUUAGUUACAAUGCUUUUGUUGAAUUUGUAUUAGUGAUUUCAGUUUUAAGAUAAUUUCCAUUAGCUUUUAAAGAAAUAUAAAAUAAAUUGUAA